GACAUUUAACUUGACAUUAUGCAUGUUGUGACAUUUGUAAUUUUGGUAACGAUUGUUGAGUUGUCAUAAAAUGUAAAAAUCCUUCAGUUUUAAGGACGUAGGCUCCAAAAAAGUUGAGAAUGAAUAUAUAAUAUAAUAGAUGAUUUUAGCUAAGACUUGUAGAUAAGAACAUUUAUAGAGAUAAGAAAUAAAUACAUCAAUCAAUGACCAAAGUCAACAUAUCUUAAUAUAUUUUAAUAGCAAUUUUUAUGAAUCAUCUACAGUUUAAUAAGAUAAAAUAAUGGAAAACGGAAACAGCAACAGAGAUUCUAGAAGUAAAGAUAUUAAUUGGUCCAGAUUUGGGUUAGGUACAGAGGCAGCCAGAGUUAGAAGCAACACAAGUGGUUUUGUUGACUUAUCAAAUGAUUAUGGGGCUGGAGGUCACCAAGCCUCAGGGGCUAAUGAAUUAUUUGCAGAGGAACAAGGAGAUGUACCUUGGUGGAAAUCUAAUUUUUUUAUAUCCCAGCCGGUAUUGUUUGGGACAUGGGAUGGUGUUUUCACAUCUUGCUUGAUUAACAUAUUUGGGGUGAUAGUAUUUUUACGAUCUGGAUGGAUUGUCGCACAAGCUGGAGUUUGUAGUGGUAUUACUAUAGUUUUAUUCUCAGUGUUAACUGCCUUAAUAUCAGUGCUUUCUGCAGUAGGAAUUUGUGAAAGAUGUAGAAUAGAAUCUGGAGGAGUAUAUUUUGUUGUAGCCCAUACUCUUGGAUCAAGAUUUGGGGGAUCGCUUGGCUUAUUGUACUGCUUUGGUCAGGCUGUUGGUUGUGCCCUUAAUGUUCUUGGUUUUGGAGAAUCUAUGGCUGAAUUGGUAGGUCUUGGUGAAUCAAAAUGGACAGUUAGAGUGAUUGCCAUGGCAGCUGUACUUCUGCUUAGCGUUAUUAAUGUUGCUGGAGUUAAAUGGGUCAUUAAAUUACAAUUUAUUUUGUUACUGAUAUUGCUUUCUGCUGGACUUGACUUCAUGGUUGGCAGCUUUGUACAUACAGAAGAAGAUAAAGGUGUUGAAGGUUGGGUGAGUGACAACAUUGUAAAAAACAUGUGGUCCAAUUACACCGAGGGGUAUAGCUGGUUCACAGUAUAUGGUGUAUUUUUCCCAACAAUAACAGGGGUUCUCUCGGGUAUUAACAUGAGCGGAGAUUUAAAAGCGCCAUCUACAAACAUUCCAAAUGGUACUUUAGCUGCUAUUGGCACAGCUACAUUUCUCUACCUCGUUUUUGUAAUAUUUUUGGGAUCGACAUGUACCCGAGCUGUCCUGGCCACCAAUUUCAUGAUUGCUGAAGAUGUUUCAGUUAUUGGGGUUCUAUUUUUAGCCGGACUCUAUGUUAGUUCUAUGUCCAGUUGUUUAGGAGCUAUGUACGGUACACCAAGAGUUCUUCAAUCCAUAGCAUUAGAAAAUGUUAUACCAGGAAUUGGAACUCUUGGGAAAGGAAGAGGACCAAAUAAAGUGCCUUUAUAUUCAAUGGCUGUUGUAGCGGUUGUAACGUUUACAUUUAUAUUUAUUGGGGAAAUCAAUACUUUAGCUCCUAUUGUAACUAUGCCUUUUCUUCUAACAUACGCUUGUAUUGAUUACGCUUACUUUGCUCUUGCACAAAGUUUUGAUAUACAACAUCAAAGAGAACAACGAUUCCAUAGACCAAGGGUCCAACCGACAGUUAGUGAAGACAGUGAUUUAGAUAUGCUAUUUCCAGAACGCACAAGACAUAAAAACCUCAGAGGUGAAUCAAGUUCAAAUUCUGUCAGUAGUCCAGAGGAGAAUAGUGAACAAACACCAAUAACUCCAAAAAUAAAUAUCCAUUCUAAACAAAAAAAUUGGUAUUCCAAUUUAUGUAAUCGAUGGCUGUCUUUAUUCGGUGCUGCCUUAAAAAUACUUAUAAUGAUCCUAGUGAAUUGGUAUUACGCAAUGGCUUGUAUGAGCGUAGUAUUCUUAGUAUGGUUGUACAUAGGAACUGCGAAUCCUGCUGUAAAACCUGGUAUAGCAUUUGAGUUUCAUUUUUUUAGAUGGUUAAAAACUUUAAUCCUCAGAUGCAUGGGACGGAGAGUUACGGAUUACGAACAAAUAAUCGUAACUCCAGUGCACCCGGGUUUAGACGUGACGUCUUCUCAAUUAAAUGAGGACAACGAAGAUUUUUCGAACAGAAGACGGUAUCAUCAAUCAGCUACUGUCCAAGGACACUUAGUUAAUAUUGAUGAUUAAAAAAAAAUAACUCGGCAGAAGAUUUUUUAACAUUUGAAGUAUUAAGAUAAUGACUUAUAUAUUUAAUUGUAGAAACCCGGAAAAUCAUGUGAAUGUAUUUUUGCAAUAUACUAAUUUUAUUAAAUUAUUAAUUUAUUAU